GCCCGGCCUGGGGCUAUGAAAGGGCCGGAGCCGCCCCGGAGCCCUCAGUGCCGCGCUGCCGCCUGCCGAGCCGGGCCUGGCCCAGCAGAACCCAACAGAACCCAACCAGGCCGAACAGGGCUGAGGACCAUGACCCCAGGGCUGCCGCUCCUGCUUCUGGCGCUGGCACUUCGGAGGGCACAGGGGAAUGCAGGAGCAUCCCCCGGUCCUCCCCCCGUCCCCCCGGAGCUCUCCUGUGGGGCAGAGGUGCUGGAGGCGGUGCUGGGACGGCUGCGGGCACUGGAGGGAGAAGUGCGGGCGCUGCAGGGACAGUGUGGGGACAGCCUGGGGCCCCAGGCUGGCACCGGGAGCACAGCGGCACGGAGGCUGUGUGACACCCCUGGGGCAGGGGGCUGCUGUGGGUGCCGCCUGGGAGAGUCUGGGGAUGGUCUCCCGUGUCCUGCACCCCGCUGUCCCCUCGACUGCAGCGACCAGGGCCGCUGCCGGGCCGGCCGCUGCCACUGCUUUGAGGGCUUCACGGGACCAUUCUGCGCAACCCCCGUCUGCCCCCCUGGCCGUGGUGGGCCCCACUGCACCCUCGAAAUCCCCUCAGUGACACUGCACCUGGCUGCGCGCAACCAGACGUCCUUCCGUGUGACCUGGCCGCGGCCAGCGAAGCCUGUGGAUGGCUAUGAGGUGGCUGUCAUCCCCAUGGAUGAACCAGCAGCACUGACCACCCAUGAGCUGCCUGGAUCUGCAGUCACCUUUGAGGUGACAGGGCUGACACCUGGACAAGCUUUUGAGAUCUUCAUCCAGGCCCAGCGGGAGCAGCACCUUGGGGCGCCGGGCACGCUGCGUGUCCGCACCUUGCUUGCCCAGUCUCUGCCCAACCAUGGGGGGCCACGGGGGACCCCUACAUUUCUGGCAUCUCCAGUGGCCCCAGCAUCACCAUCAGCCCGACAGUCUCCAGCAUCCCCAUGGUCCCCAGUGUCACUGGGGUCCUUGGGGUCACCAGCAUCCCUGAGGUCUCCAGUGUCACCAGAGUCCUCAGCAGCACCAGCUUCCAUGGAAUCCCCAUGGUCCCCAGCAUCCCCACACUCCCCAGAGUCCCCAGCAUCCCCAGUGUCCCCGAGGUCACCUACAUCUCCAUGGUCCCCAGCAUCCCCACAGUCCCCACUAUCUCCAGCAUCCCCUAUAUCCCCAGUGCUCCCAAAUGUCCCAUCCCUGCAUGAGCUGGGGGUCAAGCUUUCUUCCUACAAUGGGUCCUUGCUGCAGCGCCUGGAAAGCCACCUCCGGGCCACCAAUUUCCCACUCCGAGGCAACCAAACAGUGCCUGCAGUGGCCCGUGCCAUCCUCUCCUACCUGCUUCGCCGCAGCCCAGCCUCACUGCGUUAUCAGUUCCUCCGCCACCUCCAGCAGAACCCCCACCCCAAACCCCAGGUGUUGCCAGGGGCUGCUGGUGAAGCCCUGGUGGACUUGGAUGGGCUGAGGGGUCACGCGGAGACAGUAGUGAUCCGCUACCGGCUGCUGGAGGAGCCGGAGGGGGAUGAGGGGGAGGUGAGGGUGCCAGGGGACACCACAGUGGCCCGGGUGCCAGGGCUGGUGCCAGGGGCCACAUACCGGGUGGAGGUGCACGGUGUGGUGCGGGGACGUGUCUCCAAGUCCUACACUUCCCUGGUGACUGCAGGGCUGGGUGACACCAGUGAGCCUCCACUAGAAUGGGGGAACCUGUAUGACAUGGAGGUGACUGAGCCCCAGGGGGCCAUGGCCAAAGCAGCCCCAUCAGAGGAGGAACCACCACAGCGGCCCCGCCUGGGCAUGCUCACAGUCUCCCACGUGACUCCUAGCUCCAUCCAGCUGGAAUGGAGUGUCCUUGAGGGCACCUUUGACUCCUUCACGGUGCAGUACAGGGAUGCACAAGGCCAGCCACAGGCACUUGCUGUCGAUGGUGGGUCACGCACAGUGACUGUGCCCGGGCUGUCACCGUCCCGCCACUACAAGUUCAACCUGUAUGGGGUGUGGGGGCGGAAGCGCAUUGGUUUCAUCUCCACUGAUGCUGUCACAGAUUCAGCAAAACCAAAGGAAGAACUGCCAUCCCAACCACGCCUGGGUGAGCUGACGGCCUCCCACGUCAGCCCCGACUCCGUCCAGCUGGAAUGGAGCAUCCCCGAGGGCUCCUUUGACUCCUUCACGGUGCAGUACAAGGAUGCACAAGGCCAGCCACAGGUGGUGCCCGUGGACGGUGGGUUGCGCACAGUGACCGUGCCCGGGCUGUCGCCGUCCCGCCGCUACAAGUUCAACCUGUAUGGGGUGUGGGGGCGGAAGCGUCUGGGCCCCAUGUCCACUGAUGCUGUCACAGCUCCGGCACAGAAGGAACCACCUUCCCAGCCACUCUUGGGUGAGCUGACAGCGUCCCACGUCGGCCCCGACUCCGUCCAGCUGGAAUGGAGCGUCCCCGAGGGCUCCUUUGACUCCUUCACGGUGCAGUACAAGGAUGCACAAGGCCAGCCACAGGUGGUGCCCGUGGACGGUGGGUUGCGCACAGUGACCGUGCCCGGGCUGUCGCCGUCCCGCCGCUACAAGUUCAACCUGUAUGGGGUGUGGGGGCGGAAGCGUCUGGGCCCCAUGUCCACUGAUGCUGUCACAGCUGCAGAAGAGACGGAGGAGGAACCACCGUCCCAGCCACGCCUAGGAGAGCUGACGGCAUCCCAUGUCAGCCCCAACUCCGUCCAGCUGGAAUGGAGCAUCCCUGAGGGCUCCUUUGACUCCUUCACGGUGCAGUACAUAGACGUGCAAGGCCAGCCGCAGGAGCUGCACUUGGAUAGUGGGUCGCGCACAGUGACCGUGUCUGGUUUGCUGCCAUCCCACCCCUACAAGUUCAACCUUUACGGGGUGUGGGGGCAGACACGUCUGGGCCCCAUCUCCACUGACACCAUCACAGCUGCAGCUCCAGCACAGAAGGAACCGCCAUCCCAACCACGCCUGGGUGAGCUGACGGCCUCCCACGUCAGCCCCGACUCCGUCCAGCUGGAAUGGAGCGUCCCCGAGGGCUCCUUUGACUCCUUCACGGUGCAGUACAAGGAUGCACAAGGCCAGCCACAGGUGGUGCCCGUGGACGGUGGGUUGCGCACAGUGACCGUGCCCGGGCUGUCGCCGUCCCGCCGCUACAAGUUCAACCUGUAUGGGGUGUGGGGGCGGAAGCGUCUGGGCCCCAUGUCCACUGAUGCUGUCACAGCUCCGGCACAGAAGGAACCACCUUCCCAGCCACUCUUGGGUGAGCUGACAGCGUCCCACGUCGGCCCCGACUCCGUCCAGCUGGAAUGGAGCGUCCCCGAGGGCUCCUUUGACUCCUUCACGGUGCAGUACAAGGAUGCACAAGGCCAGCCACAGGUGGUGCCCGUGGACGGUGGGUUGCGCACAGUGACCGUGCCCGGGCUGUCGCCGUCCCGCCGCUACAAGUUCAACCUGUAUGGGGUGUGGGGGCGGAAGCGUCUGGGCCCCAUGUCCACUGAUGCUGUCACAGCUGCAGAAGAGACGGAGGAGGAACCACCGUCCCAGCCACGCCUAGGAGAGCUGACGGCAUCCCAUGUCAGCCCCAACUCCGUCCAGCUGGAAUGGAGCAUCCCUGAGGGCUCCUUUGACUCCUUCACGGUGCAGUACAUAGACGUGCAAGGCCAGCCGCAGGAGCUGCACUUGGAUAGUGGGUCGCGCACAGUGACCGUGUCUGGUUUGCUGCCAUCCCACCCCUACAAGUUCAACCUUUACGGGGUGUGGGGGCAGACACGUCUGGGCCCCAUCUCCACUGACACCAUCACAGCUGCAGCUCCAGCACAGAAGGAACCGCCAUCCCAACCACGCCUGGGUGAGCUGACGGCCUCCCACGUCAGCCCCGACUCCGUCCAGCUGGAAUGGAGCGUCCCCGAGGGCUCCUUUGACUCCUUCACGGUGCAGUACAAGGAUGCACAAGGCCAGCCACAGGUGGUGCCCGUGGACGGUGGGUUGCGCACAGUGACCGUGCCCGGGCUGUCGCCGUCCCGCCGCUACAAGUUCAACCUGUAUGGGGUGUGGGGGCGGAAGCGUCUGGGCCCCAUGUCCACUGAUGCUGUCACAGCUCCGGCACAGAAGGAACCACCUUCCCAGCCACUCUUGGGUGAGCUGACAGCGUCCCACGUCGGCCCCGACUCCGUCCAGCUGGAAUGGAGCGUCCCCGAGGGCUCCUUUGACUCCUUCACGGUGCAGUACAAGGAUGCACAAGGCCAGCCACAGGUGGUGCCCGUGGACGGUGGGUUGCGCACAGUGACCGUGCCCGGGCUGUCGCCGUCCCGCCGCUACAAGUUCAACCUGUAUGGGGUGUGGGGGCGGAAGCGUCUGGGCCCCAUGUCCACUGAUGCUGUCACAGCAGCAGCUCCAGCACAAGAGGAGCCACCUUCCCCACCACGUCUGGGUGAGCUGACAGCGUCCCACGUCGGCCCCGACUCCGUCCAGCUGGAAUGGAGCGUCCCCGAGGGCUCCUUUGACUCCUUCACGGUGCAGUACAAGGAUGCACAAGGCCAGCCACAGGUGGUGCCCGUGGACGGUGGGUUGCGCACAGUGACCGUGCCCGGGCUGUCGCCGUCCCGCCGCUACAAGUUCAACCUGUAUGGGGUGUGGGGGCGGAAGCGUCUGGGCCCCAUGUCCACUGAUGCUGUCACAGCUGCAGAAGAGACGGAGGAGGAACCACCGUCCCAGCCACGCCUAGGAGAGCUGACGGCAUCCCAUGUCAGCCCCAACUCCGUCCAGCUGGAAUGGAGCAUCCCUGAGGGCUCCUUUGACUCCUUCACGGUGCAGUACAUAGACGUGCAAGGCCAGCCGCAGGAGCUGCACUUGGAUAGUGGGUCGCGCACAGUGACCGUGUCUGGUUUGCUGCCAUCCCACCCCUACAAGUUCAACCUUUACGGGGUGUGGGGGCAGACACGUCUGGGCCCCAUCUCCACUGACACCAUCACAGCUGCAGCUCCAGCACAGAAGGAACCGCCAUCCCAACCACGCCUGGGUGAGCUGACGGCCUCCCACGUCAGCCCCGACUCCGUCCAGCUGGAAUGGAGCGUCCCCGAGGGCUCCUUUGACUCCUUCACGGUGCAGUACAAGGAUGCACAAGGCCAGCCACAGGUGGUGCCCGUGGACGGUGGGUUGCGCACAGUGACCGUGCCCGGGCUGUCGCCGUCCCGCCGCUACAAGUUCAACCUGUAUGGGGUGUGGGGGCGGAAGCGUCUGGGCCCCAUGUCCACUGAUGCUGUCACAGCUCCGGCACAGAAGGAACCACCUUCCCAGCCACUCUUGGGUGAGCUGACGGCCUCCCACGUCGGCCCCGACUCCGUCCAGCUGGAAUGGAGCGUCCCCGAGGGCUCCUUUGACUCCUUCACGGUGCAGUACAAGGAUGCACAAGGCCAGCCACAGGUGGUGCCCGUGGACGGUGGGUUGCGCACAGUGACCGUGCCCGGGCUGUCGCCGUCCCGCCGCUACAAGUUCAACCUGUAUGGGGUGUGGGGGCGGAAGCGUCUGGGCCCCAUGUCCACUGAUGCUGUCACAGCUGCAGAAGAGACGGAGGAGGAACCACCGUCCCAGCCACGCCUAGGAGAGCUGACGGCAUCCCAUGUCAGCCCCAACUCCGUCCAGCUGGAAUGGAGCAUCCCUGAGGGCUCCUUUGACUCCUUCACGGUGCAGUACAUAGACGUGCAAGGCCAGCCGCAGGAGCUGCACUUGGAUAGUGGGUCGCGCACAGUGACCGUGUCUGGUUUGCUGCCAUCCCACCCCUACAAGUUCAACCUUUACGGGGUGUGGGGGCAGACACGUCUGGGCCCCAUCUCCACUGACACCAUCACAGCUGCAGCUCCAGCACAGAAGGAACCGCCAUCCCAACCACGCCUGGGUGAGCUGACGGCCUCCCACGUCAGCCCCGACUCCGUCCAGCUGGAAUGGAGCGUCCCCGAGGGCUCCUUUGACUCCUUCACGGUGCAGUACAAGGAUGCACAAGGCCAGCCACAGGUGGUGCCCGUGGACGGUGGGUUGCGCACAGUGACCGUGCCCGGGCUGUCGCCGUCCCGCCGCUACAAGUUCAACCUGUAUGGGGUGUGGGGGCGGAAGCGUCUGGGCCCCAUGUCCACUGAUGCUGUCACAGCUCCGGCACAGAAGGAACCACCUUCCCAGCCACUCUUGGGUGAGCUGACAGCGUCCCACGUCGGCCCCGACUCCGUCCAGCUGGAAUGGAGCGUCCCCGAGGGCUCCUUUGACUCCUUCACGGUGCAGUACAAGGAUGCACAAGGCCAGCCACAGGUGGUGCCCGUGGACGGUGGGUUGCGCACAGUGACCGUGCCUGGGCUGUCGCCGUCCCGCCGCUACAAGUUCAACCUGUAUGGGGUGUGGGGGCGGAAGCGUCUGGGCCCCAUGUCCACUGAUGCUGUCACAGCUCCGGCACAGAAGGAACCACCUUCCCAGCCACUCUUGGGUGAGCUGACAGCGUCCCACGUCGGCCCCGACUCCGUCCAGCUGGAAUGGAGCGUCCCCGAGGGCUCCUUUGACUCCUUCACGGUGCAGUACAAGGAUGCACAAGGCCAGCCACAGGUGGUGCCCGUGGACGGUGGGUUGCGCACAGUGACCGUGCCCGGGCUGUCGCCGUCCCGCCGCUACAAGUUCAACCUGUAUGGGGUGUGGGGGCGGAAGCGUCUGGGCCCCAUGUCCACUGAUGCUGUCACAGCUGCAGAAGAGACGGAGGAGGAACCACCGUCCCAGCCACGCCUAGGAGAGCUGACGGCAUCCCAUGUCAGCCCCAACUCCGUCCAGCUGGAAUGGAGCAUCCCUGAGGGCUCCUUUGACUCCUUCACGGUGCAGUACAUAGACGUGCAAGGCCAGCCGCAGGAGCUGCACUUGGAUAGUGGGUCGCGCACAGUGACCGUGUCUGGUUUGCUGCCAUCCCACCCCUACAAGUUCAACCUUUACGGGGUGUGGGGGCAGACACGUCUGGGCCCCAUCUCCACUGACACCAUCACAGCUGCAGCUCCAGCACAGAAGGAACCGCCAUCCCAACCACGCCUGGGUGAGCUGACGGCCUCCCACGUCAGCCCCGACUCCGUCCAGCUGGAAUGGAGCGUCCCCGAGGGCUCCUUUGACUCCUUCACGGUGCAGUACAAGGAUGCACAAGGCCAGCCACAGGUGGUGCCCGUGGACAGUGGGUUGCGCACAGUGACCGUGCCCGGGCUGUCGCCGUCCCGCCGCUACAAGUUCAACCUGUAUGGGGUGUGGGGGCGGAAGCGUCUGGGCCCCAUGUCCACUGAUGCUGUCACAGCUGCAGAAGAGACGGAGGAGGAACCACCGUCCCAGCCACGCCUAGGAGAGCUGACGGCAUCCCAUGUCAGCCCCAACUCCGUCCAGCUGGAAUGGAGCAUCCCUGAGGGCUCCUUUGACUCCUUCACGGUGCAGUACAUAGACGUGCAAGGCCAGCCGCAGGAGCUGCACUUGGAUAGUGGGUCGCGCACAGUGACCGUGUCUGGUUUGCUGCCAUCCCACCCCUACAAGUUCAACCUUUACGGGGUGUGGGGGCAGACACGUCUGGGCCCCAUCUCCACUGACACCAUCACAGCUGCAGCUCCAGCACAGAAGGAACCGCCAUCCCAACCACGCCUGGGUGAGCUGACGGCCUCCCACGUCAGCCCCGACUCCGUCCAGCUGGAAUGGAGCGUCCCCGAGGGCUCCUUUGACUCCUUCACGGUGCAGUACAAGGAUGCACAAGGCCAGCCACAGGUGGUGCCCGUGGACGGUGGGUUGCGCACAGUGACCGUGCCCGGGCUGUCGCCGUCCCGCCGCUACAAGUUCAACCUGUAUGGGGUGUGGGGGCGGAAGCGUCUGGGCCCCAUGUCCACUGAUGCUGUCACAGGUGCCCCAGGAACACUAUGGGUGGGGACACUGUGGCCCCGCAGUGCUCACCUGCAUUGGGCACCUCCCCAUGUCCCCCCUGAAGGCUACAACCUCAUCUAUGGACCCCCCGGUGGCCCCGUGAAGACACUGCAGCUGCCCCCUGAAGCAACAUCCAAGGAGCUGUGGGGCCUGGAGCCCAGUGGACGCUAUAGGGUGCAGCUCUGGGGCCGGGGGCUGGAGCCCCUUGAGACCACCUUUGACACCCGUGAACAGGGACACCCAACUGGUUGGGGCCUGCGGAUGGGGGCACCUACACUGCUCUGUCCUUCAGCACCCCUCCCCCACCCACAUCCCCGGGACUGCGCUGAGGAGCAGCUCAAUGGACCGGGGCCUUCACGAGAGGUCCUCAUCUUCCUCGGGGGCGACCGGCAGCGGCCACUGCACGUCUUCUGCGACAUGGAGAGCAAUGGGGGCGGCUGGCUGGUGUUCCAGCGCCGCAUGGAUGGGGGCACCGACUUCUGGAGGGGGUGGGAGGAGUACAUCCAUGGCUUCGGGAACGUUUCUGGGGAGUUCUGGCUGGGGAAUGCGGCGCUGCACACACUGACAGCUUCCGGGCCCACGGAGCUGCGUGUGGACCUCCGGACGCCGUCAGACAGCGCCUUCGCCCGCUAUCGGGAUUUCGCCGUCAGUGGUCCUGAGGACAAUUUCCGUCUCCACCUCGGGGCCUACAGUGGCACAGCUGGGGAUGCACUGUCCUACCAUGCUGGGAGCCCCUUCUCCACGCGGGACCACGACCCCCGAGGCCGCCCUCGGCCCUGCGCCGUCGCCUACACCGGAGCCUGGUGGUACCGCAACUGCCACUACGCCAACCUCAAUGGGCGCUAUGGGGUGCCCUACGACCACCAGGGCAUCAACUGGUACCCCUGGAAGGGCUUUGAGUACUCCAUCCCCUUCACAGAGAUGAAGCUGCGACCGCAGCGUGACUGAGAGCACUAGAAAGGUCGUGGGUCGCAGUGGAGCCUUUAUGGGGUCAAUAAAGCUGCGAGUAGCCA